AUGAGGCGCUUCGCGUUGCUCAUCGCAACCGCGACAGCGCUCGCGCCGACGGCCUACGACCGCCUCGCGGGCGCACAGCUCAAAAACAUCGCAACCAAGCAGCCCGUGGCGCUCACGGAGCAGUGGAACAGCGACCAGAAGGUCGUCGUCGAAUUCCUGCGCCACUUCGGCUGAGUCUUCUGCUGGGAGCGCGUCAUGCAAUUGCAGCGCGACGCGCUUCCAGCGUUGAACGCGGCGGGCGUGAAGCUCCUCGUCGUCGGCAUCGGGUCCGUCGAGUCCGGCGAGACCUUCGCGAAGCAGACGAGCUUUUCGCCCGAGCUGCUCUUCGUCGACGACAGCGAGCUCAGCGACGCCUACGCGGCCGCGGGCACGCGCAACACGAAGCGCGACGACAGCGGCAAGGCCGUCUUCGAGGGCGUCGGCAGCAUGUGGUCCGCGGCGACGAACGACGCCAUCAAGGAGCGCGGCCGCGACGAUUUGAACGCCGUCACGGGCAACUUGUUCAAUCCCGGCCCCUACAAGCCGCUCAUGCCCAAGGCGUCCACGAUGCGGCGGUCGAUGGAGCAGACGAUGGUCCAGGGCGGCAGCUUCGUCUUCGACGGCGACAGCGUCGUCGCGGAGCACUACGACGAGAGCUCCGGCGCGCACCUGUCCAUCGAGGCGCUCCUCGCCGCCGCGGGCGCCGCG